AUGGCCGACUCCGGGAGUAAAGUUCCUGCCAACACGGUUUCUGAAAUAGCUGCCCUGUCCCAAACAACUUAUGCUCCCUCCGGUGAUACGAUAAUGGAUGCCAAGGACGAAAGUCCCGAGUGUGGCAGUAUGCGUAUCAGUGAGUCAGAGGUUAGCUAUGUGGGACGUGAUCACUGGGCGAUUCUACUUGAUGGAAUUGCAGAUCUCAAGGUUCACCUUGACCGUGAGGAGCAGCUUCGACUCGCGAAUACCCCUCCAAACCAUGGCACUGAGGAACAUAGGAGCACCUUUGCACAACCUAAAUCUGGAUAUGCGAUGCUUCUAUAUGGAGGCCGUCGAUUAGUUUCUCGAGAAGAGAUUCUCUCCAAGUUACCGCCAAAAGCGGUGGUCGAUCGCCAUAUAUCUCGGUAUUUCAACUACCUGGACCUUGUUUCGUCAUCCGCGAUCCAUGGUCCAAGCUUUCUACGCGAGUAUGAGACAUUUUGGAAUGAUCCGUCAACAGUACCAAUCAUGUGGAUCGGUCUCCUGUUCAGCAUGAUCUGUCUUGGAUGCCUAGUAUCAGGCAAGACGUCCGAGCAGAAUACAGAAGAUUUCUCACUUCAGAUCGAGCAUUUUCGGGAAAGCAUUGUCCAGUGUUUGAUUCUGGGGGAAUAUACAAGAUCCGGGCCAUACGUUUUGGAAACAGUAAUUAACUACACAUACGCCGAGUUCUACAUUCGAGACGAUACCGACAAGGAUAUUUGGUUUCUAUUGGCUUUGGAAGUUAACUUAGCCAUGCGAAUGGGCUGUCACCGUGAUCCCAGCCACUUCCCCGGAAUUUCGCCAUAUAAAGGGGAGAUGCGUCGCCGGUUAUGGGUGAUGAUAUUGAUGGCCGACAUAACUGUCUCAAGCCAAAUGGGCAUGCCGCGGAUGAUUUCUGACUCCAAAUGGGAUACCAUGGAACCACGAAAUCUGAACGAUACGGACUUCGACCAGACAACGACCGAAUUACCUCCAUCCCGCCCGCUCACCGAACGCACCAGUGCGCUUGGAAUAAUUGCUAUGAGGCGUGCUAUGACCGCGCUUGGGGCUGUGGUCGAGCUGGUAGACGCAGUAAACCCUUGCAGCUAUCCAGAUGUGAUGCGCGUCGACGCCGCCCUCCAACAGGCGGCAGGAAGCAUCCCCCCGCCGUUGAGGCCACAACCCAUGGCAGCUAGCCUAACCGACCCUCCGCAGAUAAUCAUGUCUCGGUUGUUCCUAUCCAAUAAGAUCUAUCAGGGGCAGAUUGCGCUGCAUCGCCGCUUUCUCUGCUCAAAGUAUCGUGAUGCAGAUGGCAACCCAGCUACAUACUCGCACAAAAUUUGUUUUGAGGCUUGUCUCGGUACCUUGGAUAUUCAACACCUGGUUGAUGAAGAGACCUGCCCAGGGGGGCAACUUGCUACAAUGCACUUGAGAGCAAACACGUUAAUGCAUAAUCAAUUUCUUACCGCAACGAUGAUUCUAUGCACAUUGCUCCAUAACGCACAUCCAGUGCAACGAGACUCAGAUAUUCGCGAAACACUCCAAAGAUGCCGAACCAUUUGGAUGAAAAGGAGCGAUACGUCGACGGAUGCAAAGAAGGCGGCCGACACUGUCAGCUUCGUCCUUGCCAGGUCAGCUGAUAGUCAAAAUUAUGGGACUCCAUCGAGUCAAGUUGUUAAAGAGCCCGGUGGCAGUGAUUCCCAGAACAACGAUGCUCAUCUGGACGAUGGAGACAACUCCAGAUCUGGGCUGGAUGAGGAAAUGAUGUGGCCAGUCAAUGAUGGCUUUAUUAAUCCUGAGAAUUUUGUUAUGCCUAAUUCUUUUGGUAAUUUUCCUCCGCCGGUGCAGCAGACACAGGGAUUCCAGCAAUUUCGAACUUUUGGCGCCGACUCCAAUUUCAUUGAAAGGCGAAAUUAUGAUUGGAUGUCAAUGAAUUGGUCUGAUACAUAG